UAACCAGUAAGUCCCAUCUUCGCUGAAGCGGCCAUUUCAGCGUCCCAUUUCCCCGCCAGAUAAAAACUACCUCUCGAUGGACUUAUCUACUUCAUCUGUUCCUCAGAAGAUUCACGUCUUACUUCCCUCCAGAACUCAAAUCAAAGACCCCAAAGCCUGGAAUCCAAUAAUUCGAAACCAUGUGAGGCUAAGAAACGACCAAGCAGUGCUCACUUGUUAUACCCAAAUGGAGGCAUCAGGCGUUUUUCCUGAUGUCUUCGUUAUACCACUUGUCCUCAAGGCCUGUACCCGGUUAAAAGCGAUCGAAAAAGGCAGGAAGAUCCAUUCAGAUAUUCAGGCCAUGGGCUUAACUGAAGAUGUUCGAAUUCAGACUGCUCUUGUUGAUUUUUACUGCAAGUGUGGGUUUCUUGAAGAAGCUGUUCAUCUGUUCGAAGAAACGCCGAAUAGAGACACAGUUUUUUGGAAUGCUAUGAUUUGUGGGUAUGUGGGUAAUUCGCGGUACAAGGAUGCUGUUUUGAUGUUUGCACGGAUGCAGGGUGAGAAUCUGAGACCCAGUUCGGUUACUCUGGUGGGUCUGCUUUCGGCUUGUGGGGAACUCUUGGAGUUGAGACUAGGACAGGAGAUACACUGUCAUUGUUUGAGGAAUGGGUUGUUUGAUUCAGAAUCUCAUGUGGGCACUGCUUUGAUCGGUUUUUACUCAAGAUUUAAUGUGAGGGUAUCACGUCUUGUAUUUGAUUUGAUGGUGGUCAGGAACAUUGUAUCAUGGAAUGCAAUGAUUUCUGGGUAUGUUAAUAUGGAAGAUUCCUCUGAAGCACAGAGACUUUUUAAAUGGAUGCCAAUUGAUGAAAUCAGUCUGAAUUCUGUUACAGUGUUGGUUACGGUUCAGUCUUGUACAAGCAAUGGGUUUGCUGAAUUUGGGAAGCAAAUCCACCAGAUUGCAAUUAAAAAUGGGUUUUCUUCUGAUAUAUUCAUAGUGAAUGCUUUGCUUGUUAUGUAUGGCAAAAAUGGGAGCCUAGAAUCUUCACAUAAACUUUUUGAGACCAUUCCCACUACUAAAAGAGAUGUUGCUUUAUGGAAUGCUAUGCUGUCUGCGUUUAAAGAGUGUGGAUCCUCUGAUGAAGCUUUCCGAGCAUUUGAUAGAAUGAGAUCAGAAGGCAUUAGAGAGAACGAAACAACAAUUGCAAUUCUAUUGUCAAUUUGUAACGACUCAGCUAAUGGCUUGGAGGGGGGCAAAAGCUUGCAUGCUCAUGUAAUCAAAAGCGGGAUGGAUAUGGAUGCAGCUCUUGGAAAUGCUGUAAUGGGAAUGUACAUUGAUCUAGAAUGUGUACACUCUGCCCAAAAAGUUUUUAAUGAAAUGAGUAGUACGAAUGUAUUGUCAUGGAACACCAUAAUUCUGGCAUUGGCUCAUAACAAAUUGACAGGUCUGGUUUGGUAUCUGUUUGGACAGAUGCGAGAAUCCUGCAUCAAACCCAACUCUUUCACAAUGAUUGCUGUUCUUGCUGCCUGCCAAGACAAGGCUUAUUUGAAUGUUGGCCGAUCUAUCCAUGGUUAUGUAAUAAGACAUGGUUUUGAAGUUCACACAUCAUUAAGCACUGCGCUUACUCAAAUGUAUAUUAGCUGCGGUGAUGAAGCAAGGGGUAGACAGCUUUUUGACGACUUUCCUAACAAAGAUUUGAUAUCAUGGAAUGCCUUAAUUUCCAGUUAUAUUCAGAAUAACCAGCCUAACAAAGCUGUGUUACUCUUCCAGCAAAUGAUCUUGGAAGUGGAGCCAGAUCCAGUCACAAUUGUAAAUGUCCUCACAUCUUGUACUCAUUUAGCCAAUCUACCUCAAGGCCGAUCGCUACAUGCAUUCAUCAUAAGAAAGGCUUUUGACUUGGUGUUUGACAUCUCUGUGGGGAAUUCUCUUGUGACGCUGUAUGCACGAUGUGGUGUUAUGAGCAAUGCUGAAAUGGUCUUUAGAAGCCUACCAAGAACAGAUGUUAUCUCAUGGAAUGCCAUGAUUGCAGGAUAUGGUGUCCAUGGGCAUGGUGAAGAAGCUCUCCUUGCUUUCUCUCGAAUGCUGGAAUAUGGUCUAAGACCCACAAGUGUAACAUUUGUUUCGGUUUUGUCUGCUUGCAGCCAUUCAGGUUUGAUAGAGGAGGGUUGGCAGCAUUUCCGUUCCAUGGCUGAGGAUUAUGAUGUAGUCCCAGAUGUUGUUCACUAUGCUUGCAUGGUUGAUCUGCUUGGACGUGGGGGUCGCUUGGGGGAAGCCAAGAAUUUUAUUGAUUCCAUGCCCAUUCAACCAGAUGCGUCUGUGUGGAGAGCUCUGCUUGGUGCUUGUCGGGUUUACUCAGACAUUGAAUUAGCCAAAACCAUAUUUCAGAAACUUGUUGAGUUAGAACCCAUGAAUGCUGGAAAUUAUAUAUUGUUAUCUAAUAUAUAUGCUGCAGCAGGUCUUUGGGUGGAGGUCAGGAAGUUGAGAACUCAGCUCAAAGAAAAGGGUCUAGGAAAGCCCCCAGGAAAUAGUUGGAUUGUUAUGAGAAACCAAGUACACUGUUUUACUGCUGGGGAUAGAUCACACCCACAAUCUGACAAGAUAUACAUGAAAUUGAGUCAUUUGGCAGAUUCAAUCUCUGCAAUCGGUUAUGUUCCCGACCAACGCUGGGUACUUCAUGAUUUAGAGGAUGAUGAAAAAGAGAUUAAGCUUUUAGGCCACAGUGAGAAGCUGGCAAUCUCUUUUGGACUACUGAACACAAGUGGUGGACGCACAAUCUUAAUCACCAAAAACCUCAGAAUAUGUGGUGAUUGCCAUACAUUCAGCAAGUUUGUCUCUAAAUUCGUUGGGAGAAAAAUAAUUCUUAGGGAUGCAAGCCGAUUCCAUCAUUUCUCCGACGGUGUCUGCUCAUGCAAGGACUAUUGGUGAGGCCAAAUUCAUACCUGAUAGAUGAUUUUUCAGUUGAGGGCCGUGCAUCUUGAUAUAUUCACAAUAUGAGGAUACUCAAUGCAAUGAUGGACACACUUUGUUAGGAGCUGUGGAAUUGCUCCACUACUUGUCAACCUAUAGCAUGAAGAAAAGGAAGGCGUAAGAGCAAGCUAGUGCACGAGGCUCCCGCUACUAUAGGGUCUGGGAGGGGCAUAUGAGGAAAGGGAAGGUAUAUGUUUCAAUUCUCACACUCAAUGUUGCCAUGUCAGUGGUUCCUCACCGUGGCGAAGGUAUAAAUACUAGAGUGCUGCCCCACCAUUGUACAAUAUCAGAAUGUAUACUAGAUUAAUAAAAAUGGUGAAGAGGUGAAAGCAGCAUUUGCUGAGGAAGGAUAAUACUGGUCAUUGGGGCCUAGGAGGACCAGGAGUCGGUUCCAUGUGUGAAGCAUCAAUACUGGUUGAUUGAGAUUUAUAUUUUUAAAUGUUGGGACUUGGGAACAGUACGUUGGGGCCAAAGCUGGAAGAUGUGGUUAGGUAGCCACCGAGAACUUCAAUCUCAGAUUUGGUUGUUGGGGUGGAUGUCUUAAUAAUAUACCAUCUUGGCCUCAUCAGUGUGUCCUUUCAGGUUGUCUGUUUUGAUGCAUUAAUGGAUGCUGGAGAGGCUGAAUCUCCUAGCCAGCUCACUUCCAACAUGGGGAUGGCUGAAUCAAGACUGAAGCUUUACUCAUCUUAAUGCUUUGCUCUGCUGAUAUGAGUUGGUUCUCUUAUGAGGGUUUUUGCAGUGACAAGGAGCAAUUGGCACAUCCAUUGGUGUUUAAAUUUUGUGGGCGUGUUGUUGAAAGUUUCGUUUACGAGUUCGGAGAGAUUCAGUCGCAUUUUGAUUCUCCCGCGUGGAAAUACAAAGGUGUGCAAAUUUGUAGAUUAAAUUUCUGCAGUACAGGCUUUUCAGCCAACGACUUUUAACAGCUUUGAGGUAACUUUAGGUGAACUCCUGAAGAUAGAAGAGGUAGUCCAAAGAUGAUGGGCAUACAGUAGACUGACCAAACAUCAUUACUUUUAGAGGGAUUAAGGCCUGAACAAGGGUUUCUUUAAUUUUCAACACGAGUUGGUUUAUAAGGUGAGGGGAAUUCAAGACACAGCAAAUUCCUUUUGUAACCGAUAUGGAAAUGUAACACAAGGAUCAUUACACUUUCUCUUUGUCAAGCUUCCA